AUGGCUGUAGACACGGAAAAGAGCCCGAUACAGGCUGGUUCUUCAACAGGGACACCAAGCUCGCCUUCGACUGUUUCUAAUAAAUCAAAUGAACCGGUUGUCACUUUGGAGACAUGGAUUGUAUCUUCGACUCUUUCUUGUGGCUAUGGCCUCUAUUUCUGGCCUGUCCCCGUCGUAUCAACAAUUGACACCAUGAUCUCUGCUGAUAUGGGUGAUCCGACUGGAUAUAUCUGGCUUGUUCCAGUGCGCAAAGAGUGUUCAAAAGAUUUAAUGGUUGUGGCAUCUCAAGGUGCUGCUGCAAUGAAAUCAUAUAGCCCUGCUGUGGUGGCAGUAGUAGAGGCAGCUCUCAGCCAAGCAUACUGCAAAGCGAUCUUGUAA